AUGGAAGAGCGGCGAGAAGAGGAGAACGACGGACGGGACGGCGGGCCGACUGAGGGAGUUGUGCGGCUGAUUCCGACCGCUGCUCCGCCACCGCCGCCGCUGGACGCAAACAACGGUGGUGCACGAGCUCACGGAGCUGUUCUCGCGUUAGUCGAGGCUCGAGCGAGAAGUGGUCUGUGAAGGAGGUCACCUCAUCAACAUCAUCAUCCACGUCGCCAUCUACUUCUUCUGCCUCGCUGUCUACGGACCGACUUUAUACAUGGGACUUUCGGUUUUUUCAAGUUAUCUCCAGAAAUCGAGCAUAGGGACCUCUGAUUUUUUGAUAAGAGUUCAAUUUUACUGUGCUCUUCAAAAUGAGCCAGGUUAGAGGUAAAUGUAAGGUUUCUGUGAGAAGUUACAGCUUCUCACUUUCCUCCGUAUGCUUUGCCGGCCAGUGACUGUCAUCUUGACACCGACAGGGCGCGCUUCGUCUGUCUCCAGUGUCAAGAUGGACGUCGUCGUCGAGGGGCGAAUACAGGAGGGAAUGGAGGAGACCGGCACGGCGUACAGACACUCUCCAACACAUAUACACUGCAUCUAUGGGGUGAGGGCGGUAUAGGGAGAGAGAGUGCGUCAAGCCGAGAGAUGAUGUACAUUGACGGACAAAAAGACAAUGCAUGUGGCGACCCUACAGGAGGUUUCUGUUUCUGUUCCCCAAUUCUCAGGAAGCCCCGUAGACACAACAUCUUCAUAGAAUCAGACGACGGAUGAGAAGGAGAGGGGACGAGACCUCCAGCUCAAGCAGUAUUAGAAGCAGAUUAUGGGGACGGAGUUUUCCUUUCCAGAUCCUUUCUCUUCGUUCUCCGUUUUCAGAAAAUCAAAUACUCCGCGAAGGAUUGUCUUCAGAAGAGCGACUGACGGACGGCGGCUAGAAGUGAAAUUCGAUAGGUUCAGAAUCCUCCAUCGCCAUGCUGCUGGUGCCUGCUUGCCAGCCACCAAAGAAGCCAUCUGGCGCAGAGACGACGGCCUUGCACAUCAAAAUGACGUGGCACGGGACACAGAUGACGACGGCCUGUGUGUCACCGGUGCUCCGGAAUGGUCGGUCACUCCUGAUAAGCGACGUCUGCUGCAGUGGAGACUCAGAUAA